CUGGCGCGUGGAAGGGCGGGCGGGGCUCAGUGCGCUCCGCUCCCCCCUCUCAGGCUUCCUCUCAUUCCCUCCUCCCGCUCCGCUCCUGCCGCUGCCCUCUCAGCCACUGCCGCCUGGUUCUCCGGCCUCCGCCAGCAGCCUCAGCAGCAGGAGCAGCGGCAGCAGCGGCGACGACGACCGGAAGCGGGUGAAGGCGGGAGCCAGAGGGAGUUCGGGGAAACGAUCCUUCCGGAAGUGACGUUUGACGUGGGCGGGACCUCGGCGACAAGGGGGCGGGGUCGGGGACACUUGGCCGCCGCCCCGGGCCGGAGGUGAGCGGGAUGGGACCUGCGCGAAGUGUUUGUGAGUCCCGCGAAGAUCUGGCUGAGUGCAAGCUGGUUUCUUUCCCCAUCGGCAUCUACAAGGUCCUGCGGAAUGUCACCGACCAGAUCCACCUCAUCACGCUGGCCAACAACGAGCUGAAGUCCCUCACCAGCAAGUUCAUGACCACAUUCUGUCAGCUUCAAGAGCUCCGCCUGGAAGGGAACUUCCUGCACCGCCUCCCCAACGAGGUCAGUGCCCUGCAGCACCUCAAGGCCAUCGACCUGUCUCGGAACCAGUUUCACGACUUCCCUGAGCAGCUCACCACCCUGCCGGCACUGGAGACCAUCAAUCUGGAGGAGAACGAGAUUGUGGAUGUGCCCGUGGAGAAGCUAGCCGCCAUGCCUGCCUUGCGCAGCAUCAAUCUCCGCUUCAACCCGCUGAACGCUGAGGUGCGCGUCAUCGCCCCGCCACUCAUCAAGUUUGACAUGCUCAUGUCUCCAGAGGGCACGCGGGCCCCCCCACCUUAGGCCUCCCUCCUCAUGCCCACCCAGAAGGGACAGAAGCCACUUGGCCUGGCACCCUGAGGGGAGGGAGUCCCAAGGGCCCGUGGGAGGCCAAGCUUGGAGGGCUGGGGAUGGGUGGGCCCAACAGCGCGUGGGAGGGGGUGCAGCGGUCCAGGAUAGAUAGCUUAGAGCUGUAGAGGGUCCUGGAAUGCCCAGAGGAGGAGGCGAGGUGGGGGCUAGAGCCAGGACUCUGGGCAUUCAUAGCCUCUGUGCAAACUUGGGCAGGCCCCCACCCUCUCUGAGACUUACAAUUUCGGGAAAGGGCUAGCGGCAGUGGGUCUCUGCCUCCUUGGGCUCCUUGGAGGCCUUUUAGGGAACACACGCCACCAAGUCUUCAAUUCCUCGGUAUCUUCUGAGCUCGCAGCUGAGCAUCGCUGAGCAUUUCCUGGGCCCCUGUGGGUUGAGGCCUUGCUUCUAGUGCUGAGAGCCAGUCGCUGCCCUGAGACGAACA